AUGAGGUGUAUUAAAAGUGCCUCUUUCAAGAUCUUAGUGAAUGGGAAGCCUUCGAGGGGUUUUCUUCCAUCAAGAGGGCUUCGGCAAGGCGAUCCACUAUCCCUAUUCCUUUUUAUCGUCUGCGCGGAAGGUCUUUCCACUCUUCUUAGAGAUGCCGAGAGCAAGAAACUUAUUCAUGGUGUGAAAAUUGGGAAGAAGGUUGAACCGAUAUCACAUUUAUUUUUUACGGAUGAUAGCCUUCUCUUUUUUAGGGCAAGUGAAGAUGAAUUUGAGAAUGUGCUUGAUAUCCUUACCACUUAUGAAGCUGCGUUGAACCAGAAAUCGAUUAUGGAGAAAUCCGAAGUGUCCUUUAGUCGAAACAUUGAUCCGGAAAAGAAAAAUUUGCUUCAAUCAAAGUUAUCCUUUAAGGCCGUUGAUGAACAUGACAAAUACCUUGGACUCCCAAUUUACAUUGGAAGUUUAAAAAAAAAGAAUUUUCUCAAUCAUUCAAGAUCGGGUUUGGAAAAAGCUAAAAGGGUGGAAGGAGUGUUUUCUAUCUCAAGUGGGGAGAGAGAUUUUUAUUAA